UCCUGCGUAUCAUUUUUCAUCCGCUUCGUUGCUUCGGCUUCUUCUUCUCUCGAUAGGGUUUCCAAGGAUGCUAUCAAUUCGGUUGACGAGUUCCUUCGUGAGGAGGCUUUGCACAACCCUGGCGAGCGUCUAUCAAGAAUUGCGGGGUUAUAUGUUGAAGUACGGUGGAAGAUUUGUGAAUUAUUUUUCAAGACGUAGUGUUUCUCAUAUUAUUUGCAGUAAUUUACCAGACAGUAAAAUAAAGAAUCCCAGGUCAUUCAGCCGUGGACUCCCAGUUGUAAAACCCACAUGGAUCUUGGACUCUGUUGCUUCUAAUAAGCUAUUAAGCUGGGUUCCUUACCAACUUUCAAGAGAUGAAAUGAUCAUAAAAUAUUGGCCGUCUCUUGUUGCUGUACAUAGUUAUUUCUGUGGCUAUCUCUUGGUUGCUCUCUGUGACUUUCUAUUUUGGAGCAAGGCUUGACCAAAUCAAAAGGUAAAACUGUUCCACUUUCGAAUUUUUGCUUGCGAGCUUUAAGUUAGGUUCUGUUAAAUGCAAUUCUUUUUAAUCCUGCAUUCAUGUGAACUUUAAUAGGUAAUGCCAAUUUACUUUUCUAAUGUUUCUUUUGACAUCAUUACCAAAUACUCCUUCCGACAUAUACGUGAUAAGUCCAUAGCCAACUAUCACAACCACACAACAUUCUUUGGUUUUCCAGUUUAUUAAGGGGUGGAUUGUUACUGUUUGAGUAAUUGUGGUUUUAGGAGGAUGAAGAACUACGCAACUGUUUAUUUAAUGUGAUUACAUAAUGAUAUUCUUUUCUGUGAAGGUGUGCACUAUCUUUUUCCAUCUUACUAAUCAUA